CUGCACGAGAAACAUUCAAGGGACACAGCCGCCGGCUUUGCCUUGCUCCUGCCCGCCCUGCGUCGGUCUCUAGGGAGACUCGUUACUUGGCAACGCCGCCAGGUAGCUUUGGAUGGAGCGGCCGUUUGGGCGGCAGAGUAACAGUUUGAACCAGCAGACAAGCAGAGCGCGGGCGGGAGCGAGAAGCGAUGAGAGCCGCUCUUGCAUACAGAUCUCAGGAGUCCGACCAACGAAGCAGCCUUCGCUGGAGCGCGGGAGAAGAAGAGAAGAGCUUGCCCUCUCUCCUGGCCUCUGCCCCGGGGAGCCAGGACCCGGGAGGCAACACAGAUGUAUCUGCUUCAGGAAGAGAUGGUCAAGUCCAGUCACAAUCAGCAUUAAAAAUUCUGCAACAGCAGCUGGAAUCAUUUCAGGCCCUUCGGCAACAGACUUUACAGAAUGUAAGCAUGGUUCAGACUGAAAUCAGCGAGAUACUUAAUAAAAAUAUAACUGAUAUGAAGACUCCAGGAUUCAGUUUAAACAAUUUACCUUUGUCCACCACUGCUAUGUCUAAAGAAUGCCAAGAAGCAUCACAUUUUAAAAAGCAACUCCAUCUUGAUAAACAGUCUGGUACCAGUCAGUGUCCAAAAAUAAAUUCGAGCAGUAUAUUUGGAAAAACAAUGACAGGUGAAAACAUUCCACAUCAGAUUUGGUUAAAAUAUAAAUCAAUUGAGAAGGCUGAAAAGCAUGCCCAAACAUCUAGAAACAAAGAUAUUUUGGGUUUAAAUAAUGACCACAAACUGAAGAAUUAUAUCAACAGCACUUCUUAUCCGUCUUGUGUUGGUUUGGAAUCAGAAGAGAAGGCUGCUUCCAGUGAGGUAAAAAAAUACAAUCAAUCUAAAGUUUCCAUGGCAGUUCAUCAGUACAACAAGGAAAGUGAUGAGCAUUUGACAGAGAGUAUGAGCUUUUCUUUGAGGGAUAAAAAAGAGGAGUGUAAAAAGACUCCAAGGCAUGAACUAUUAUCUAUCUUUGAACUUCAAAACUCUUCUAGCAUUUUGUGUGGUAAAGACAAUGAUUCUGGUUAUCUAUCAGAACAGGAUCUGGCAGAAAAAGCAACUGAUAUGUCAAACGAGGAUUUUAAAUCCAAGAGAAUUUCAGACCUGGAGGAGUCUGUAGGUGAGCUACCUAUUGCCACAGUUUCUUCUAAGGGAAAUAUUCAGAGUACAGCAGAAGCAGAAUUUGAGCGCGAGUACCAGAGUAAAGAACUUUUCAUUAAAGGCAAUGUUCUUGACACGUUGCAGUUAAAUUUUUCAUCGGAAGUAAUGGAAGAUAAAUUAAUAAUUUCAGAACUCACAGAGGAAAGAAAUACAGACAAACUCAAGCUCCUGAGCACACAUCAGUUCUGUGAUGUCAGUGAUUAUGAUUAUGCUAAAAAAGAUAGAUUGUCACAAAUGUCUCAGAGAGAAUCUGGACAUCUGCAGAAAAAAGUGAUGGAUCUUGAACAUGAAAAUGGAGAUCUCAGAAAGCAAAUCAAACCUCUUGCUGACAUCAUACAGUCUCUGACAGAGCAAAAUGCAAAAUAUCAGAAGCAAAUUACGGAUUUGCAUGAUGAGAAGAAUGACAUUCAAGGGAGACUAGUUAAAUCAGAUGCAGAUUGCAAGGAAUGUCUUAAAGAAGUGAAAAGAUUAUUGAAGAAAUGCAAGGAACUUCAACAGCAAAAGUCAACUCUUGAAGGAAAGCAGGAUGAGCUUUAUGCUCAGAACCAGUGUAUGAUGCAAAACCUAAAUUAUUUCCAGAAGAAAGACCAGAACACACAGGAAAGUUUGGCUACUCUUGCCCAAGAAAAAAAUGAUCUUGCUGUGGCCUUAGAAACCUUUGGAAACCAAAUUUCAACAUUCCAAGAAGAAAAUAAAACCUUAGGUGAAAAAUUAUGUCAGCUUACAGAUAACAAGAGUUUGCUUGAACAGGAGCUUGGAGAAAAACAGAAUGAAAUACAGCAGCUGAAAGACAAUGAAAAGACAGCAGUAUCUGAUCUGGAGAACCUUCUUACUGUGACACAAUCGCUUAAAGAUGAAAAAUUGAAUCUUGGCCAGAUAUUGCAGGAGUCACUUAAUGUGAAAGAAGUCCUGCAGAAAGAGUUAGAGGAGGCACAGAUAGGCAGAGCUAAUGCUGAAGAGAAACAUAUGGCUGAAUGUAAAAAUGCAAGAAUGGAAAUUGGAGUUCUACAAACUAACUUGUCCAACAUGGAAAGAGAAUGCGAGAGGCUGAGAACAGUGGUGGCAGAUGUUACGGAGGACAACUGGCUUCUUAAAAAGGGACUCCAUGAGUAUAAACAGGAGGCUUUGGAAUGCAAAAGUAAAGUAAGAAAACUGAGUGAGGAGGUCUUACUGAUGGAAAACAAAAUGCGUACGACAGAGAAUGAAAGAGAUGUAUUGCAGUUUGAAGUGUACCGUCUCCGUAGAAAUACUGCUUAUCUCCGGGACCAACUUAUUGCUUUAGUCAAAGAACAAUAUAAAAGGUACAAUUCAGGAAGCCAAGGACAAAAUCAACUUGCAGAUUCCACUGAAAUAUGUGAAGAAAUAUCUAGUUACCAGUAUUUUGCUUUAAUACAUGAUCUGCCAGAGUGUGGGAAGACUGCCAAAAUCCGAAGUAAAUGGAAAAAGAAGGAGCUCUGCAUAAAGAAGAAGCAAAACUACGGCAAGCAGCGCUACAGUGCUUUUUCAGUCAACUGCACCACAUCUGUCAUCCGAGAGUUGAAUUUUCAAACUGCUACGCGGAAGAAAUAUAGUGCCCUUUGCUCCGCUACUUAGUACUUUAGGGUUUAAUACCCAGGCCACACAAUUAGGGGCUAAAUAUCUCCCCAAGAAGUCUGCUCAAGAAACACAACAAAGAGCAGAGCUAUCAGAAAUCCAAGAACUGUGAAACUGAGAAAAGAAAUGUGUUUGAGUUUGUGAAUGGGGGGAAAACAUCUAAAUUGCCACACACAUGCAUAUUUGUUAUUUAUGAAGUCAUCUUUAUAGUAUCCCCUUCCCACUUUGGUUCAACCAGAGCUUUUUCUUGAAAAAUGAACAUCUAAGUUGCAAUCUUGAUUUAUUUCUAUAUUGGCAUUUUGAAAAAUGUGCUUAUUUGGGUUUUGUAGUGAUCAUUAUUCUGUUCACUUAAUGAAAAUAAGGCAAACUGAGAAUAAAUAACAUUUCUGAUAUGAAUACGAUGAAUAUUAUACAGUGUAUAUUUAUAUACCACUUACAUAGACUUAUAUAGCACUGAUGAAAUGUAAAAUUUAAGUGAAUAUUGUUCAGAAACAAAACAGUUUUCAUCUGAACUUUUUAUAUUUAAAAAGCUUGAGAGGGUUUUGUGUUUUUGUUUACUAUGCUUUCACAACUCUCUGCUGUUCAUAACACCAUUCGCAAAUGUUAGAUGAAAAAAAAUCUCUAGUAUAAAAAGGGUAACUUGCAGCCAACUGUAGUACUACAACUGUCACGUAAUUAAAGAACCUGAGCUGA